AUGCAGGACAUUCUUCAGAUUGUUGUUCAGGCCUUCCUGAGGAUGAAGAAGGUCAAACUAAAUCCCAGCUGUGUGUUUGUGCAUCAGAACGUUUCAGAUGUCACAGCUGGAGAGAAAAAUGAGGAGGGAAGGAGACGACUGCAGGAGACACUGGAUAAGAUGACAAAACUUGCUGCUAAAGAUGAAGUCUAUGAUGCAGGAUGUUUCAGUGAUGUCAUUAAAUUUGAUGUUCAGAAUGAUGUGAAGUAUUUUGCUCAUCUUUGGGAGGGAAACCCACCGAUGGCACCACCAAACCCAAACUACUGUGAGAAUAUUCAAGAGAUAAAAAUAACUAUUAAUACUCAUGCCUCAAAAUCACAUGGAAUAAUGCUGAAAAACUUAAAAGAUCGAAUUAAAGAUCUCUGGGAAGCUUUACUGAAUGAACGAUUCGUCUUCAGCUUCAGAAAUUCUCUGGAGAUUUCAGUCUACAGGAAACUGGAGACAAAAUACAGCAAGUGGUCCUGGAGUCUUCGCAGUGCCAUGAUGGAAACUGAGAACAAACUACACAACAAAAUAGAAAAUGAAGCAAUUCAUGAGGUUGAGGAAACUGAUCUUCAAAGAGAACUGAAGAAGACAAGUGAAGAAGUGGAAAAAUCAAUGUCUGAAUUCUUUGAGAAAGACACAGAUGCAGAUAUACUGAUUCAGUGGAAAACAUCAUUUAAAAUCAAAAUCAAAGAGAUUCAGGAAAACAUUGUGAGAGAAACAAAGAGGAAAUUAAAUGAGAUUCUUCAGCAGCGAGACCUGAAGAAAAUGAUUGAUGCUCAGAGGAUAAAUCAUGAAAACACUCUCUAUGAAAAGAGCAAAGAACUUGCCUUAAAACUCAAAGACAAAACAAAUGACGAAGAAACACUGAAGAAAGUGUUUGAUUUGUUUUGGGAAGAGAGUGUGGAUAAGAUCAUCAGAGACACUCCUGUAAUCAAAGACACUGACAUAAUGAGAGAUGUGAAAGAGAUCCUCAGUGACAUUUAUGAAAAUGCUCCUUUAGGGGAGAGGAAGAUGAAGAUGAAGAUGAAGAUGAAGAUGAAGGGUAUUUUCCGUGUGAAUAGUUAUGCAGAUUAUGUACAGUUAAAGAAAACCAGUGGAUCUACAGGAUCUUUCACAAAUGCCUACAGAUCAGCUGAAGAUACGUUUGUUCACAGUCUCUCUAAAGAGGAGGAAACCCAAAUAAGAUCAUUUGUCACAGAUGUUGAACAGCAGACAGACAAAAUGAUUCAGUCAUUUAACAUUUCAAAGAUGGGCUACAACAUCAGCUACAUUCAACAACUCACAGGUUACAUCAAGAGAAGAGUAACAGAACAUGAGGAAGGAGCAGUGAAUUAUGAGUUCAAGAAAAAAUUCUUCAUGGAUUUAGUUCUCUCCAUCUUUAAGAGAGCAAAAAAGAUGAUCACUGACCAACACAGGCUGUUCAGGGAAGCAAAAUUUGAUAAGAAGAAGAGAGAAGAGUACUACAGUAUUUUCCAGAAAUACUGUCAUGGAGCAACAUCAGCUGCCAUUUUUGGAGAGAUCAUCUGUCAGAAACUGAAAGAGCCCAUUGAGCAGAGUGUCUACAAGAAGACUGCCAGAGAUCUGACAGAUGAAAUGAGAUCAAACUGUGAAUCACUGAAUGGAAACAGAUCAAAUCUGGAGAAACACAUCUUGAAGACACUGGCAGAAGAGGAGGAUUUUGACAAAUACAUGAACUACAUUAAUAAUCCCAAAGAUCACUUCAAGAGUUUCAUCAAACAUCAAGUCAGUCGGUACAUCACUGAUAAGUUCUUUGUCAAUGUUUUACCAAAGAUGAAGGAGAACAUUAAACUCCUGCAGCAGGAGAUCAUGAAAGCAGCACAUGAAUCUACUGAACAUGUUCAAGUGAACAGUGGAGAUAUUGGAUUGUGGUUGAAGAGUUUCACACAGCAGCUCUCAGAUGUGCUGAUCUUCUCUGAAAAAGACCUCAGUGGAUUGAAACAUGAUGACGUUGAUGAUUUCAACCUCUUAGAAGAUGUGAUAAGACAAGAACUUCCUGCUGUAAUGUCUGACAUCAGCAGUAGAUUUGACAAUAGGACUUUACUAGUAAAUCUAGACUACAAGUUCAGACCAGAUGAGUUUCUGAUUGAUCACUUCUGUCAGUGCUGUUGGGUUCAGUGUCCGUUCUGUGGAGCCACCUGCACCAACACCAUAGAAAACCAUGAUGGAGAUCACAGUGUUCCAUUCCAUAGAGUGAGGGGAAUUAAUGGCAAACAUUACCGCUCAACAAAGAAUCUCUGUGCUGAUAUUUGUACAAAUUUAGUAGCAAGUGAUCAGUAUUUUUAUACACCAGAUGUAAGGUUUCCAUAUAGAGAUUACAGAAGAGCAGGAGGAGUUUAUGCAGACUGGAGCAUCACCUCUGACAUCUCUGAACUGCCCUACUGGAAGUGGUUUGUGUGCAGAUUCAAGAAAGAUCUGAAAAAAAACUACAGUAAAACAUUUAAGGUGAGUGGUAAGAUCCCAGAUGAAUGGAGAAAAUACUCAAAACAGGAUGCUAUUCAGAGUUUGGAUAAAUGAUGUUUUAUUAACAAAGUUCGGGAGGAACAAAGUCAAAUAGGCUAUCCAAUUAUCACACUCUGUGUUCGGGCCAAAUACAGAGCCCGGAGCCCUCUCCCCGGACAGCACGCCAAAUACGUAUACCAUGUAUUUUAUCUGACUUAUUUGUAAGUGUGAACUUGUGAAAUACAUCUAAUAGAGCAGAUAAAGAGUGAGACUCUUACAUCUCCUUUAAGAUUCUCCUCAAAUCACAGUCAGAAAUGAGUUUUUAUUACAUUCAUCAGUGUGACUCUUGAGCUCAUCUACAUCUUCAUCAAAUACACUAGAAGAGGAAUAAAGACAAGAUUCAAUUCCACAUACAAGUAUCAGGAUUUGUUUUCAGGACAUUUGUCUGUAAAGUAAUUGUUACUGUAGACAUCUGUAAUGUUUAUCAUUGAUUAGCUUGGGAUAAGUGGUGUAUUUAAAAAAAAAAAAUAAAAUCACAGAGAUGGGUGUGCCUACAGUCUGGUAUAUCAGAAAAUAUAUCAUAAAAAUAUAAUAUAUUUUUGUUCUUCUUCUUAUUAUUAUUAUUAAUAUAUUCUUCUUAUUAUUAUAUUCAUAUUUUCAUCAAUUUUCUUGUGUUGUUUUGAUUAUUCUAUUCAUUUAUAGUUAAUCAUUUACCCUUUAUUCAUACUUAUGUUUUAUUAAGAUGUCCAUACUCUUCUGUGUGUGUUCCCUAAAGAUUGUAUUAAGUAUACCAUAGUCAUGUAUGCUAAUGUGAAUCUUGCUUAGUUGAGAAUGUGACCUCAGACAGGUUCACAAAGUAUAUGUUUUAUGACCGAGAUGCAUUACAUGUUCUUUAGGAAAUGCAAGACUAUGUCUGACUCUGACAUAUAUUAUCUCAAAAAUUGACUAUACUUGGCAAGUUGUGUUUAAUAACCACAAUAAGCUCAAAAGGGUUUCCUGUAUAACUGGCAAGAAUGCAGUUACCAAAGGUGCACUUUGUUCUCGAGUGUCUGCAAGAAAGCAUUUGACCCCGAAAAUGUGCCAAAUAGGUCUUAAAAUAUCUUAAACAUUUUGCAAAUAUGGAAGGUACAUUCCAGAACCUUCUAAUCACGUAGGCACAACCUAUAAGAUGUCUAGUUUUUCCCAGGCGUAGCAGAGUCUUCACGCAUUCUAUAUAGACCUUACUUCCUUACCUUACUAUUUUUUACUAUACUUCACAUUUCAUCAUUUUGAUACAAUACUAUAUUUAGUUGGACUUAGUCAUAUUUUAAAAUUAGUACUUAGAUUCAUGCGUUUACUUUGUUUUAAGUUUAUUUGUUACUGAACCUUUUAUUUUUACUUAAUUCAGUUACUUGUUUUUACAUUAUUUUAUUUUUUUCUUAUCAGACUUAAUUGUUAUACUCAAUUUACUUUUGUUUAUUAAAAUAUGCUUUUCCCUUA